CGGCGCUCUGUUGCCAUGGCGACUGCCCUCGGCGACAGCGAAGCUGGGAGACCCUGCGGGCCUGCUGGGAGUUUGAGCCGAGCGGCGCUGGCUUAGUUCCGCUGCCUUCGCAUUGUAGCCCUGUUCUUUUCCAGGCUUCCCAUCCGCCCUUCCCGCUCCCUCUCGUCAGCGCCAUGGCGGGCAGGGCUGGAGACGUUCGCAAGCUUUUCCUCUUCACGACCACCCAGAACUACUUCGGGCUGACGGCGGACGCCUGGGACCAGCCGCUGCUCUACAACUGCGUGGAGAUCAACAACUUCCUGGACGACGGGAACCAGAUGCUGCUACGCGUGCAGCGGUCCGACGCCGGCCUGCACUUCGCCAACGCGAUUGAGUUUGGUGAUACAAAAGAUAAAGUGCUGGUGUUUUUCAAGUUGCGACCUGAAGUCAUUACUGACGUGAAUCUACAUAAUAACAUUCUCGUUUCAUCAAUGUUAGAGUCACCUAUUAAUUCCCUUUACCAAGCAGUACGGCACGUGUUUGCACCAAUGUUGUUAAAGGAUCAGGAAUGGAGUAGAAACUUUGAUCCCAAACUUCAGAAUCUUCUGAGUGAGCUAGAAGCUGGGUUGGGUGUGGUUCUACGAAGAUCAGAUGCUAAUUUAUCAAAAUUGAAGCUUAAGGAAGAUGAUACUAGAGGUAUUCUUACGCCAAAUGAUGAGUUCCAGUUUUGGAUAGAACAAGGUCAUCGUGGAAAUAAACAGAAUAAUAAAGAAAGAGCCAAUUACUUUAAAGAAUUAUUUGAAACAAUUGCAAGAGAGUUCUAUAACUUGGAUAGCCUGUCCUUAGCGGAAGUGGUGGACUUGGUGGAGGCCACUCGGGACGUGGUGGAUGAUGUGUGGAGACAGACAGAACAUGAUCCCUAUCCGGAGUCCCGGAUGCUACACCUGCUCGAUGUCAUAGGUGAGAAAUACUAUUCACUAGCAACCUGGUUGAGAAAGCAGUUAUGGGUCUUGGCUGUUAGGACAAUUCAUGAGAAACUUCUCUGUUUUUUGCCUGCCAAUGAAGAGAAAAUCAUGUGCCUGUCUCGGGUGUUUGAACCUUUCACUGGCCUGAAUCCCGCGCAAUACAAUCCAUAUACUGAGCCUUUAUGGAAAGCUGCAGUGUCUCAGUAUGAAAAAAUUAUUGCACCUGCCGAACAAAAGAUAGCAGGAAAGUUGAAAAAUUAUAUCUCAGAAAUUCAAGACAGUCCACAACAGCUUCUUCAGGCAUUUCUGAAAUACAAAGAAUUGGUGAAGCGUCCAACUAUAAGCAGAGAAUUGAUGUUGGAAAGAGAGACUUUACUGGCAAGACUUGUGGACUCAGUUAAAGAUUUUCGAUUAGAUUUUGAGAAUCGAUGCCGAGGGAUUCCUGGUGACGCAUCUGGUCCACUUGCUGGCAAAAAUCUAUCAGAAGUUGUCAAUAAUAUUGUUUGGGUUCGUCAGUUGGAAUUGAAGGUCGGUGACGCCAUCAAGACCGCAGAGGCUCUUCUGUCUGACCUGGCCGGGUUUCGAUCUUUCCAUCGAGGUGCGGAAGAUCUCUUAGACCAGUUUAAACUCUAUGAACAAGAACAGUUUGAUGAUUGGUCCAGGGACAUUCAGUCAGGGUUGUCUGAUUCCAGAUCAGGUUUGUGUAUUGAGGCCAACAGGCGCAUCAUGGAGCUGGAUCCUAACGAUGGGUCGCUGAAGGUGCACUAUUCAGAUCGCUUGGUGGUUCUUCUGAGAGAAGUGCGUCAGCUCUCGGCCCUGGGCUUUGUUAUUCCUGCUAAGGUACAGCAGGUCGCCAACAUUGCGCAGAAAUUCUGCAAGCAAGCAAUUAUUCUUAAACAAGUGGCGCAUUUUUACAAUUCUAUUGACCAACAAAUGAUCCAGAGUCAAAGGCCCAUGAUGUUACAGUCUGCCUUAGCAUUUGAACAGAUAAUUAAGAAUUCAAAAGCAGGAAGUGGAGGAAAAUCACAGAUUACUUGGGAUAAUCCUAAAGAACUAGAAGGUUAUAUCCAAAAACUCCAAAACGCUGCUGAACGACUUGCCACGGAAAACAGAAAGCUGCGGAAAUGGCACACUACAUUUUGUGAAAAGGUGGUCAUCCUUAUGAAUAUUGAUCUGCUUCGGCAACAACAGCGUUGGAAAGAUGGAUUACAGGAGUUGAGAACUGGUUUAGCAAGUGUAGAAGCACAGGGCUUCCAAGCCAGCGACAUGCGCGCCUGGAAGCAGCACUGGAACCACCAGCUCUACAAAGCGCUCGAGCAUCAGUAUCAGAUGGGCUUGGAGGCGCUCAAUGAGGAUCUGCCGGAAAUACAUGUUGACUUAAUUUACAAGCAAGGCCGGUUACAAUUCAGACCCCCUUUUGAAGAAAUUCGGGCAAAGUAUUACAGAGAAAUGAAGAGGUUCAUCAGCAUUCCCAGUCAGUUUAGAGGAGUAGGUGAUGUAGGGGAUGAGUCUAUUUUUUCUAUAAUGAUCGAUAGAAAUGCAAGUGGAUUUCUGACUAUUUACAGCAAAGCAGAAGAUUUGUUUAGAAGACUGUCAGCUGUUUUACAUCAACAUAAGGAAUGGAUUAUGAUUGGGCAAGUGGAUAUGGAAGCUCUUGUGGAAAAGCAUCUGUUUACUGUGCAUGACUGGGAGAAAAAUUUUAAAGCAUUGAAAAUAAAAGGGAAAGAAGCAGAGCGACUUCCGAGUACUGUUAUGGUGGAUUGCUUGAAAAUUAAUUGCAACCCUGUGAAGGCUGUGAUUGAUGACCUCAUACAGAAGUUAUUUGAUAUGCUUGUCCUUUCUUUGAAGAAGUCCAUCCAAGCUCACUUACAUGAAAUCGACACAUUUGUUACUGAGGCUAUGGAAGUCUUAACAGUUAUACCCCAGUCCGUGGAAGAAAUAGGUGAUGCAAAUUUCCGGUAUGGUAAGCUACAAGAGCGGAAGCCAGAGAUUUUGCCUUUAUUUCAAGAAGCUGAAGAUAAAAACAGACUUCUGCGAACUGUGGCAGGUGGAGGGUUAGAAACAAUUAGUAAUCUGAAAGCCAAGUGGGAUAAAUUUGAGUUAAUGAUGGAAAGUCACCAACUUAUGAUUAAAGACCAGAUUGAAGUGAUGAAAGGAAAUGUGAAAUCCCGUCUUCAGAUGUAUUAUCAAGAACUGGAAAAAUUUAAAGCUCGUUGGGACCAACUGAAACCUGGUGAUGAUAUUAUUGAAACAAGCCAGCAUAAUUCUCUUGAAAAAAAUGCAAAGUUAAUAAAAGAGAAAAAAAUUGAGUUUGAUGAUCUUGAAGUCAUAAGGAAAAAGCUUGUUGAUGAUUGCCAUCAUUUUGGACUAGAAGAGCCGGACUUCUCUCCAGCGCGUACCAUCUCUGAGGACAUUGAGAGCUGUGCACAGAUCUGGGCGCUUUAUGAAGAGUUUCAACAAGGCUUUCAGGAAAUGGCCAAUGAAGACUGGAUCACGUUUCGGACUAAGACUUACCUAUUUGAAGAAUUUUUGAUGACUUGGCAUGAAAAGUUAAGGAAGAUUGAAGAACAUUCAGUUAUGACAGUGAAAUUACAAUCAGAAGUUGACAAAUAUAAACUUGUAACGCCUGUCUUGAAAUAUGUGAGAGGGGAGCAUCUCUCUCCGGAUCACUGGCUCGACCUUUUUCGUCUGCUUGGACUUCCUAGAGGGACUAGUCUAGAGAAGUUACUGUUCGGUGACUUGCUCCAAGUAGCAGAUACAAUUGUAGUCAAAGCUUCUGACCUUAAAGAUUUAAACAGUCGGGCCCAAGGUGAAGUUACAAUCAGAGAAGCUUUACGUGAGCUUGAUCUUUGGGGCGUCGGAGCGGUGUUUAUGUUGAUUGAUUAUGAAGACAGCCAAGGCCGAACUAUCAAGCUGAUUAAGGACUGGAAAGACAUAGUAAAUCAGGUCGGAGACAACAGAUGCCUUCUUCAGUCCUUAAAGGAUUCUCCAUAUUAUAAAGGAUUUGAAGACAAAGUGUCAAUUUGGGAAAGAAAACUUGCAGAGUUAGAUGAGUACUUGCAAAAUUUAAAUCAUAUUCAGAGAAAGUGGGUGUAUUUGGAGCCCAUUUUUGGCCGUGGAGCAUUGCCAAAAGAACAGACCCGUUUCAACAGAGUUGAUGAAGAUUUCAGAUCAAUAAUGACAGACAUCAAGAAAGACAACAGAGUUACGACAUUAACUACUCAUGCAGGAAUCAGAAACGCUCUGCUGACAAUACUUGAUCAGCUUCAGAGGUGUCAGAAAUCACUCAAUGAAUUUUUGGAGGAAAAACGUUCAGCAUUCCCAAGAUUUUAUUUUAUUGGCGAUGAUGACUUACUAGAAAUCCUGGGCCAGUCCACCAACCCGUCUGUGAUUCAGUCUCACCUGAAGAAGCUGUUUGCUGGUAUUAACAGCGUGUGCUUUGAUGAGGAGUUAAAACACAUAACUGCGAUGAAAUCUUUAGAGGGAGAAGUUGUACCUUUAAAAAGUAAAGUUCUUCUAUCAAAUAAUGUAGAGGGGUGGUUGAAUGAUUUGGCCUUGGAAAUGAAGCAGACUUUGAAAGAGUUGUUAAAGGAAUGUGUUUCUGCAGGGCAUAGCUCACGAGGUGCAGUCGACCCAUCUCUGUUUCCUUCCCAGAUCCUAUGCUUGGCAGAGCAGAUUAAGUUCACUGAAGAUGUAGAAAAUGCUAUCAGAGACCACAGUCUUCACCAGAUUGAAACACAAUUGGUGAAUAAAUUGGAACACUACACCAGCGUUGAUACAAGCUCUGAGGACCCAGGGAGUACUGAAGCCGGUGUGCUGGAGCUUAAACUUAAAGCACUGAUUCUUGAUAUUAUUCAUAAUAUUGAUGUGGUGAAGCAGUUAAACCAUGCUCAAGUUCAUACAAUUGAUGACUGGGCUUGGAAAAAACAAGUUAGAUUCUACAUGAAAAGCGAUCACACGUGUCGUGUUCAGAUGGUGGACUCUGAGCUCCAGUACACCUACGAGUAUCAGGGCAACGCUCCCAGGCUGGUCUACACGCCCCUGACGGACAAGUGCUACCUGACGCUCACGCAGGCCCUGAAGAUGGGGCUCGGUGGAAACCCCUACGGCCCCGCCGGGACUGGAAAGACCGAAUCAGUGAAGGCGUUAGGGGGGCUUCUUGGAAGACAAGUUUUAGUUUUUAACUGUGAUGAGGGCAUCGAUGUGAAGUCCAUGGGGCGCAUAUUUGUUGGCUUGGUGAAGUGCGGGGCCUGGGGUUGUUUCGAUGAAUUCAACAGGCUGGAAGAGUCUGUGCUGUCUGCAGUGUCGACGCAGAUCCAGGCGAUCCAGGACGCGCUGAGGAAUCACAGGGCUGCGUGUGAGCUGCUGGGCAAGGAGGUAGAAUUGAGUUCUAAUUCUGGAAUUUUCAUCACCAUGAAUCCUGCUGGGAAAGGUUAUGGAGGAAGACAAAAACUGCCUGAUAAUCUGAAACAGCUCUUCAGGCCAGUAGCCAUGUCUCAUCCAGACAAUGAACUUAUUGCAGAAGUUAUUCUCUAUUCAGAAGGCUUUAAGGAUGCUAAAGUACUUGGCAGAAAAUUGGUAGCUAUUUUCAAUCUAUCUAGGGAACUUUUGACACCUCAACAGCAUUAUGAUUGGGGUUUGAGAGCUUUGAAGACAGUGCUGAGAGGAAGUGGAAAUCUUCUUAGGCAGUUAAAGAAAAGUGGUGCUGAACAGAAUGCUAAUGAAAGUCGGGUGGUGGUGCAAGCAUUGAGGCUUAAUACAAUGUCGAAGUUUACGUUUGCUGAUUGCACCCGAUUUGACGCGCUGAUUAAAGAUGUCUUUCCUGGAGUUGACUUUAAAGAAGUAGAAUACAGUGAACUGAGCACAGCACUAAAGCAAGUCUUUGAAGAGGCCAAUUAUGAAAUCAUACCCAAUCAGAUCAAGAAGGCUUUAGAACUGUACGAACAGUUACGCCAGAGGAUGGGAGUCGUUAUUGUUGGUCCAAGUGGUUCUGGCAAGUCAACUCUCUGGAGAAUGUUAAGGGCAGCGCUCUGUAAGAUUGGCCGAGUGGUGAAGCAGUACACCAUGAAUCCGAAAGCCAUGCCUCGGCAUCAGCUGCUUGGCCACAUUGAUGUGGAUACGCGGGAAUGGUCUGAUGGUGUUCUGACGAAUAGUGCUCGCCAAGUCGUUCGGGAGCCACAAGACGUCAGCUCGUGGAUCAUCUGCGAUGGCGACAUUGACCCCGAGUGGAUAGAAUCUCUCAAUUCUGUGCUCGAUGAUAACCGGCUCCUCACUAUGCCUAGUGGAGAGAGGAUUCAGUUCGGCCCAAAUGUUAACUUUGUAUUUGAAACUCACGACUUAAGUUGUGCCUCACCGGCCACAAUAUCUAGGAUGGGAAUGAUAUUUCUUAGUGAUGAAGACACAGAUGUUAAUUCUCUCAUAAAAUCUUGGUUGAGGAAUCAGCCUAUUAAUUAUAGAAGUAAUCUUGAAAACUGGAUUUCAGAUUAUUUUGAAAAGGCUUUACAAUGGGUUCUAAAACAGAAUGACUACGUGGUAGAAACAAGUUUGGUUGGGACUGUGAUGAAUGGAUUGUCCCAUCUGCAUGGAUGCAAAGAUCAUGACCAGUUUAUUAUUAAUCUCAUAAGGGGACUUGGCGGAAACCUGAAUAUGAAAUCACGUGUGGAACUCACCAAGGAGGUUUUCACCUGGGCACGCGAAUCCCCCCCAGACGCCCACAGACCCCUGAACACCUACUAUGACUCCACUCGAGGGCAGUUGGUGGCCUACGUGCUCAGGAAGCCAGAGAACCUGACUGCGGAUGAUUUCAGCAGCGGCCACAUGCUGCCAGUCAUUCAGACUCCCGAUAUGCAGCGAAGUCUCGAUUACUUCAAGCCCUGGUUGAACUCCGACACCCAGCAGCCGUUUAUUCUCAUAGGCCCGGAAGGAUGUGGCAAAGGGAUGCUGCUCAGGCGUGCUUUCUCUCAGCUCCGGUCCACCCAGAUCGCCACGCUGCACUGCAGUGCCCAGACAACCUCGCAGCAUCUGCUGCAGAAGCUGAGCCAGACCUGCAUGGUCAUCAGCACGAACGCGGGCCGAGUGUACAGACCCAAGGACUGUGAGCGACUUGUGCUGUACUUAAAGGACAUCAACCUCCCCAACCUUGACAAGUGGGGGACCAGCACCUUGGUAGCUUUCCUUCAGCAGGUAUUGACGUAUCAAGGAUUUUAUGACGAAAAUCUGGAAUGGGUUGGUCUAGAAAAUAUUCAGAUUGUCGCUUCUAUGUCAGCUGGGGGGAGACUGGGAAGGCACAAGCUGACUACCCGUUUUACCUCAAUUGUGCGGCUCUGUGCUGUAGAUUACCCAGAAAGAGAGCAAUUACAAACAAUUUAUGGAGCAUAUUUGGAAGCAGUUCUACAUAAAAAUCUGAAGAAUCAUUCUAUUUGGGGCUCUUCAUCAAAAAUUUAUAUCUUAGCAGGAUCUAUGGUACAGGUGUAUGAACAGGUGCGGGCCAAAUUUACAGUUGAUGAGUAUAGUCACUAUCUGUUUACUCCUUGCAUUCUUACACAGUGGGUUCUUGGCUUAUUCAGAUACGACUUGGAAGGAGGCUCCUCAAACCAUCCGUUAGAUUAUGUGCUAGAAAUUGUUGCGUAUGAAGCACGGCGCUUAUUUCGUGACAAAAUUGUUGGUGCCAAGGAGCUUCAUUUAUUUGACAGCAUCUUAGCGUCUGUGCUUCAAGGAGAUUGGGGCUCAGAUGUGACAGAGAAUAUGGCAGGCAGUUUCUACGUGACCUGGGGCGCUCGCCACCAUGCAGGCGCAAGGCCAGGCCCAGGGCAGCCGCUGCCUCCGCAUGGGAAGCCCCUCGGGAAGCUGAGCUCUGCGGAUCUCAAGGACGUUAUUAAAAAGAUUUUAUUUGACCUUUCAGUGUCAUAUUUUUCUGUAGGUGAAGUCCCUGGACUCUAUGCUCUGGAAGAAUUAGAGCCCUUGCUGCUGCCUCUUAAAGAUCAGGCAUCACAGGAUGGUUUUUUUGGACCAGUCUUCAAUUAUUUCACAUAUAGAAUUCAGCAAAACUUGCAUAUUGUCUUGAUAAUGGAUUCUGCAAAUCUGAACUUCAUAGUAAACUGUGAAAGUAACCCAGCUUUACAUAAGAAGUGCCAGGUGCUGUGGAUGGAGGGCUGGUCAGAUAGCAGCAUGAAGAAAAUACCUGAGAUGUUGUUUGCUGAAACAGAUAGUGAAGAGAAAUGUAGUGAUAAAAAGAAAAAAGAAGAAAAGAAAAAAAAUUCAGUUGAUCCUGACUUCCUAAAGUCAUUUUUAUUAAUCCACGAGUCUUGUAAAGCGCAUGGUGCAACCCCAAGCAGAUACAUGACCUUUUUACAGGUGUAUUCUGCCAUUAGCAGCAGCAAAAAAAAUGAAUUAUUAAAAAGACAAAGUCAUUUGCAGGCCGGGGUGUCCAAGCUGAAUGAAGCUAAAGCUCUGGUGGACGAGCUGAACCGGAGAGCCGGAGUGCAAAGUGUGCUCCUUAAAACCAAGCAGGACGAAGCGGACGCCGCCCUCCAGGAGAUCACAGUGUCCAUGCAGGAUGCUAGCGAGCAAAAGACAGAACUUGAGCGACUGAAGCAUAAAAUAGCAGAAGAAGUUGAUAAAAUUGAAGAAAGAAAAAAUAAAAUUGAUGAUGAAUUGAAGGAAGUCCAGCCUCUGGUUAAUGAAGCUAAACUCGCCGUUGGGAACAUCAAGCCGGAGUCUCUUUCAGAAAUUCGCUCGCUCCGGAUGCCACCGGAUGUAAUCCGAGACAUUCUGGAAGGAGUGUUAAGGCUGAUGGGCAUCUUUGAUACUUCUUGGGUGAGCAUGAAAAGUUUCCUGGCCAAAAGAGGUGUGAGAGAAGACAUUGCAACCUUUGAUGCACGGAACAUCCCCAAGGAAAUAAGGGAGAGUGUUGAAGAGCUGCUUUUUAAAAAUAAAGGCUCUUUUGAUCCAAAGAAUGCGAAGCGCGCCAGUACCGCAGCGGCGCCUCUGGCUGCCUGGGUGAAAGCCAACGUGCAGUAUUCCCACGUGUUGGAGCGGAUCCAGCCCCUGGAGACUGAGCAGGCGGGAUUGCAGGUGAAUUUGAAGAAAACUGAAGACAGAAAAAGGAAACUUGAAGAUCUUCUUAAUUCUGUUGGCCAAAAGGUUUCUGAACUUAAAGAGAAAUUUCAGAGCAGGACGUCAGAAGCUGCCAAGCUUGAAGCGGAAGUCAGCAAAGCACAGGAAACGAUCAGAGCCGCAGAAGUGCUGAUCAAUCAGCUGGACCGAGAACACAAGCGGUGGAAGGCGCAGGUUGCAGAGAUAACGGAGGAGUUAGCUACGCUUCCUAAACGAGCUCAACUCGCCGCUGCAUUCAUUACAUACCUUUCGGCUGCGCCUGAGAGCCUGAGGAAAGCCUGCUUGGAAGAGUGGACCACGUUGGCUGGUCUUGAGAAAUUUGAUCUGAGGAGAUUUCUUUGUACUGAAAGUGAGCAGCUGAUUUGGAAAAGUGAAGGCCUGCCGUCGGAUGACCUUUCCCUAGAAAAUGCUCUUGUUAUAUUGCAGAGUCGAGUGUGCCCAUUUCUUAUAGAUCCUUCUUCCCAAGCUACAGAAUGGCUGAAGACCCAUUUGAAAGACUCACAUUUGGAGGUUAUUAACCAGCAAGAUAGCAACUUUAUGACAGCUCUUGAGUUGGCAGUACGUUUUGGGAAGACUCUUAUUAUACAAGAGAUGGAUGGUGUAGAACCUGUACUGUACCCCUUGCUGAGAAGAGAUCUAGUUGCUCAAGGGCCACGUUAUGUGGUACAAAUAGGUGACAAAAUUAUUGACUACAAUGAAGAAUUCCGCCUUUUCUUAUCAACAAGAAACCCAAAUCCAUUUAUUCCACCAGACGCAGCUUCCAUUGUUACUGAGGUUAAUUUUACUACAACAAGAAGCGGAUUACGGGGCCAGCUUUUGGCUUUAACCAUUCAGCAUGAGAAACCUGAUUUAGAGGAACAGAAAACAAAACUAUUACAACAGGAAGAAGAUAAAAAAAUACAACUAGCCAAGCUAGAGGAAUCUCUUUUAGAGGCCCUUGCCACGUCUCAGGGCAAUAUUUUGGAGAAUAAGGAAUUGAUUGAAUCCCUGAAUCAGACUAAAGCAAGCAGUGCGCUUAUUCAAGACUCCCUUAAGGAAUCCAACAAGCUCCAGGUGUCCCUUGAUCAGGAGCGCGACGCCUACCUCCCUCUGGCAGAGAGUGCCAGCAAGAUGUUCUUCAUCAUCUCCGACCUGUCCAAGAUCAAUAACAUGUACCGUUUUAGCUUGGCUGCAUUUCUCCGGCUUUUCCAGCGAGCUCUGCAAAGCAAACAGGAUGCUGAAAGUACCGAACAGAGAAUCCAGUCUCUGAUCAGCUCACUAAAACACAUGGUAUAUGAGUAUAUAUGCCGUUGUUUAUUUAAGGCUGACCAGCUGAUGUUUGCUUUGCAUUUUGUUCGAGGCAUGCAUCCUGAAAUUUUUCAAGAAAAUGAAUGGGACACAUUUACAGGUGUGGUUGUUGGAGAUAUGCUGCGGAAAGCUGAUUCUCAACAGAGAAUACGCGAUCAAAUUCCAUCCUGGAUAGACCAGGAAAGAAGCUGGGCCGUGGCCACAUUAAAGCUUGCCCUCCCCGGUCUUUACCAGACCCUCUGCUUCGAAGAUGCAGCCCUGUGGCGCCCUUACUACCACAGCUCAGCGUGUGAGCAAGAGUUUCCAGCCAUUCUUGCGAAGAAAGUUUCCUUAUUUCAGCAGGUUCUUGUAGUCCAGGCUCUCAGACCGGACCGGCUGCAGAGUGCCAUGGCUCUGUUUGUAUGUAAAACCUUAGGGCUGAAAGAAUUAUCACCACUUCCUCUAAAUCUCAAACGUUUAUACAAAGAGACCCUGGAAAUUGAGCCCAUUUUGAUUAUUAUUUCCCCGGGCGCCGAUCCUUCUCAGGAACUUCAAGAGCUUGCUAAUGCGGAAAGAAGUGGAGCGUGUUACCACCAGGUUGCCAUGGGUCAAGGCCAAGCGGACCUAGCGAUCCAGAUGUUAAGGGAGUGCGCCAGCAGCGGAGACUGGCUCUGCUUGAAAAACUUACAUCUUGUGGUGUCCUGGCUGCCAGUUCUGGAAAAGGAAUUGAAUACCCUUCAACCUAAAGACACUUUUCGUCUUUGGCUCACUGCAGAAGUUCAUCCAAACUUUACCACCAUUUUACUGCAGUCAAGCUUGAAGAUAACAUAUGAGUCGCCUCCAGGUUUGAAGAAGAAUUUGAUGCGAACUUACGAGUCUUGGACUCCUGAGCAGAUUAGCAAAAAAGAUAACAUAUCACGGGCUCAUGCACUCUUCAGUUUUGCGUGGUUUCAUGCUGCAUGUCAAGAAAGAAGAAAUUAUAUUCCACAGGGCUGGACCAAGUUUUAUGAGUUUUCUUUGUCAGAUCUUCGGGCUGGGUACCACAUUAUUGAUAGGCUCUUCGAUGGUUCCAAAGAUAUACAAUGGGAAUUCGUACAUGGCUUACUUGAAAAUGCUAUUUAUGGAGGACGUAUAGAUAACUACUUUGAUCUUAGAGUUCUUCAGUCAUACUUGAAGCAGUUUUUUAAUUCUUCAGUAAUUGAUGCAUUAAACCAAAGGAACAAGAAAAACAUUUUUCCAUAUUCUGUGUCUCUACCCAAAUCCUGCAGCAUUUUGGUUAUUUCCAAGUUGAAAAUCUUGGGCAGAUCAGUAACAGCUGGUUCCAAGUUUGACAGAGAAAUUUGGUCUAAUGAACUUUCUCCUGUCCUCAGUCUCUGGAAGAAACUAAACCAGAAUUCAAAUCUGAUCCAUCAGAAAGUACUUCCUCCAAGUGACCGACAAGGAUCUCCAGUGUUGUCGUUCGUCAUGCUAGAACAGUUCAGUGCCAUUCGUUUAGUGCAGAGUGUCCACCAGUCUCUCGCUGCACUCAGCAAAGUCAUCAGGGGAGCCACCUUGCUGAGCUCAGAGGUGCACAAGCUGGCGAGCGCCUUGCUAAACCAGAAGUGUCCUCUCACGUGGCAGAACAAAUGGGAGGGCCCAGAAGACCCCUUACAGUACCUCCGUGGCCUGGUGGCUCGUGCCCUGGCUAUUCAGAACUGGGUAGAUAAAGCUGAAAAUCAGACCCUUCUGACUGACACACUUGACCUAUCAGAGCUCUUCCAUCCAGAUACGUUUCUUAAUGCUCUUCGCCUGGAAACUGCAAGGGCAAUGGGUCAUUCUGUGGAUAGCCUUAAAUUUGUCGCCUCGUGGAAAGGUAGACUUCAAGAGGCAAAGCUGCAAAUUAAGGUCAGUGGCUUAUUACUAGAAGGAUGCAGUUUUGAUGGUAACCGGCUUUCCGAAAAUCACGAUGACUCUCCUAGCGUGUCGUCGGUUCUCCCCUGUUUUAUGGGCUGGAUUCCACAGGGUGCAUAUGGCCCCUACUCCCCCGAAGAGUGCAUCUCUCUGCCAGUUUACACAAGUGCAGAAAGGGAGCGUGUGGUGACCAACAUUGACGUUCCAUGCGGCAGCGACCAAGACCAGUGGAUUCAGUGCGGAGCAGCCCUGUUUCUCAGAACUCAGUAGAGUCUGUGGGCACCAUAGUGUGUCCUAGCACAAUGCGAGAACUGCUUAGGCGUUGAAGAGGAUGUGCACCUGGCUACACUUCAGAUGCUUGUUCAGGAUGUUGGCACACUGCUCCUCUAGGUGGCUGACCACCUUGGGUUUCUGUGAUCUACAGUGUCCCAACAUCACCGUGCACCUUCCAAAGCAGUAACUCAGUGGAGUUAAUGGUAAGAUGGAGUAUGCUUUUAAUAACAUUCAAUAUUGCUGUGAGAAAGUUCGCUUUCCUGGUGGUUCAAAAUUUGUUUUAAGACACUUAAAAGAUGGUAGUUAAGGACUAUUUUAAUUGCUGUUUUUGCAUCAUAAUUAUUUAAUAUAUGAGGUUAAUCAUCUUAACCUCAAGGUUUUCCAUAGAUACAUACUCUGGAAACAUUAAAGAAUGUAUAU